AUGGACCUGAUCGUGGUCUGUCUCUUACCUGCCAUCUCUGCUGUGCUAUACAUCCUAUGGCAUAUCAUCCGAUCGCGAGACAUACAGCAAGUGAGAGGCAAUGUUGACGAGAAGAGUCGACCUCCCGAACAGGACCCUUACCAUGAUAUCGAACCUCUGCAAGACUUCGAUUGGUCUACAACAUCGCCAAUAAGGAACUCGCCAUUGAAGCCAAAGUACCAUCUCACAAUGGCGCUAGAGAACAUAUCUCUUUCAGACAUCUUGGCCAUGGACAACACCUACGCCGAACGAAUUAAGACCCGCCGCACUGUCAUGGACGAACACCCCGAUGCCACACUACGCUGCAACUAUGUCUGCGAGCCGGCAGUCCUUGAGCUCUAUGACUGGAUGAUCAACACUUUCUUGCCAAAGCGCUUUCCAGGAAUAUAUCAUCGAACGGCAAAAGGCACACUAAACACCGUCAACAGCGAAACCAUUCCUUCUCAGCCAAAAUCACCUAUGGCAGCACUACGUACCCUGGGUGACCACAUCGACACUGACUUCCUGCUCCUUCUGCCGUCUUCAACAGCGGCAGAUGGCUCACCCAUCUACCACCUGGAGGCAUUCGUGACGUGCUUCCCAUCUGGUUUCAGCACACAGAAGAAACUUGGGCUACCGCUCUCUGAAACUCACACUCCCGUGCCGGGCUACAAGGCCAAGCUUGAAAAGUCGAUGGAUCGCUUCUUCGCAAAGAUCGAAUGCGGGCGAGCUGUGAAACGCUCGAAUUGGGCGCUGACAACGCACCCCUUGUUGUUCACAGAGGGCGGCAACCACCUCUAUGCCAACGGGAAGACGGACAUGUAUGCUGAGGAGAAAGACGUGGACGACACAAAGUCCGACGACAAGAACCUGAAAGAUGACAUCCUCCGACAACGGAAGGAGGUGGUGAUCAAACACUGCCGACUGCGCUCAGAACGACAGACUUUGUUUCGACUUCCAAAGACGAAAGCCCUGGUGUUCUCGUUCAAGACGUAUCAAUACACUCUGGCCGACGUCAAGAAGGACGGCUAUGCAGAGCAGCUAGCAGAGGCGAUGGAAGGGUUGUCGCAGGGAAACGUGCCCGAGAUGGAUUUUUACAAGCGAGGUGUCGUGUGGCGCGAGCCUGUUGCUGAGUAUCUGAGGAGUUGA